AUGACUUCGAAGCAGACGGCGAGCUCGAUCGAGGUGGCCGUCCGUGUCCGCCCCAUCCGUGGAGAGAUUCACGAGUCGAGGUCUGCCUGGCAUGUCGACGCGACAUCCCUCACUGAGAUCGCCCAGCCCGAUUGCGCCUUCACUUUUGAUCGCGUCUAUGAUAUCGCUGCGACGACGGCAGAGGUGUACGAGCAGAAUGUGCGUGGAAACAUCGUGGCGCGAGUGGCGCAAGGGUAUAAUGGCACUGUGUUUGCCUACGGCCAAACUGGGAGCGGCAAGUCGUACACCAUGUUCGGCGACACCGUGGCCCGCUCGCCUGGGCUUAUCCGCCUUGCCGUCCACGACCUCUUCGAGGCUCUCGGUGCGGAGCAGCAACAGAAGCCCUACAUGCACACGGAGGUGUUUGUCUCUGUGUUGGAGAUUUACAACGAGCAGCUGCGCGACCUGCUCCGAGGCGGCAACGCCAGCGGUAGCGGUGCCAACGGUGCACCAUCCGCCACCUCUGCUCGCGGAUGGGCGUCUGCGUCGUCGCCAUCGACCACAGCGGCGCUAUCGGCAUCGCUGCCGGUGCUCAGCAUUCGUGAGAACGCGUACGGGGUGUACGUGCACAAUGCCCUUCGCAUGCAGGUCGCGUCGGAACAGGAAUGUAUCCGCAUCAUCUACACCCACGCGGCGUCGCGGAUGUCGGCGGCGACGGCGAUGAACGAGCACUCCAGCCGCUCUCAUUGCGUGAUACGCAUCUCGGUGGAGCGCUCGCACUACAUCGAGGACGCUCUCUCCGAGGCUGACGGGGAAGAGGACGAGGAUGAGGACCUCUCUACGCAGGAGGAAGACGACGACGAUGACGGGCGCGCCUCGUCCACGCACACUGGUCUGGGCCGCGCAAGCAACGCGGGCCGUAGAGCGGCGCGCUGUGCCGGCACAGCGGCAAGGCCGAAGGCUGCGAAGCACAAGAAGGUCAUCUCAACGCUGAACAUGGUCGACCUGGCGGGCUCGGAGCGGGUGGCGAAGACGGGUGCGACGGGACUGCGGAUGGUCGAGGGUGGCCAUAUCAACAAAUCUCUCACAACCCUGGCCACCGUCAUCGACCGCCUGGCAAGCGAGGCAAGCCAUCCUCACACCGGCGGUGCUGCAUCCUUCAUCCCCUACCGGGAUUCGCGGCUCACCCAUUUGCUGAAGACCGCCAUCGGGGGCAACUCGUUCACAGUCGUGCUGUGCUGUAUCACCCCUGCCAUCGAGAGCGCUGACGAGUCGCGCAGCACCCUGCAAUUCGCCUCUCGCGCCAAGCGCAUCAAGAACAAGGUAUGCGUGAACGAGGUGCCCAACGCGCAGACGCGCCUGCGGGAACUCGAGGCGGCACUGCGGCACACACGGAAGCUCCUCGUCGCCCAGACACUUUACCUGUGGAGUAGGCAGCUACAGAUACACAAGUACAAGGCACAGCUGUCCCAUAUCGGGCAGACGAAUUUGCCACUGAGCGAGCAGACGCCGGCCGCCUCUGGCCCACCUCUGCGGAUGAACCCGCAGCAACAGCAAUCCAUGAUUAUUGCGCAGCUCACCGCACAAAAUGAUGCACUGCAGGAGGAGGUUCGGGAUCUCAAAACCCGGGUCGAGCUCGCGUGCGAGGGUGGCGAUCGUGAUGGUGGUGGGAAGGUGUUGCCCAGCGCUGGCGCUGGCGCCGUUGCCGAGCUUGCCGCUUUGCGGCAGUCACUAGAUUCCACUCAGCAGCUCUUGAAGGAGCGCGAGGCAACUCUGGAGGUGACGCAGGCGUCCCUCAACGAGCUAGACGGUCUUUGCCGGGAGCUGGAGGGGGAGAACAAGGCACAGGCGGACAAGAUCAAGGCGCUUGCUCGGCGUAACAGCGAAGCCGAGGAGCUCAUGCGCGCUGUCGAGGAAGAGCACGGGGCACUGCAGCAGGAGGUGAAGCUGCUACGUUCGCAGCUUCAGCAAAGUCAGACGCGGCUGCUAGAGAAGCACCGCGGUGACGACUACCUCGCUGAGCUCACGACGUUGCACGUCGCGCAUCAAAACCUGCAGUACUCAUAUAGCCAGCUGAAGGAGAAGGCGGACCGCGAGAAGGUGGAGCUGAUGCAGUGCUUGACCCGUCUAACCGAGAGCAACAAUACUCUCGAAGACGAGCUCGACGAGGCCAAGGACCGCGGCAGCCUCAUCAAUUCGCACCUCUGGCGCCUGCUGAGCGCUACAGCACAGGCAACACAGGGAAAACCACUUCAGAUCAAAGAUCCAGCGGCUACCGUGCGCGAUUCCCAGGUGAUGGAGGCUGUGCGCUCUCUCACAAAUGUUGCUGUGAUGGCGAACCGCAGAGGCAGCGACGGCGCCGGGGCUGGCGAGGACGUGAACGAACUUCGCAGUCGCAUCCGCGUGCUCGAGGAGCAGCUUGUCGCGAAGGAUGCACAGAGGGACGUGAUCGUUGACGUGAAGUUGAAGCGCAUUCAAGGACUGGUGCUGCGCCUUCAGCGGGCCAACAUUGCUCUCGUCGAGGAGAUGCGGCAGUGCUUCCACGACAACGAGCUGCUCAUCGAGAUCGCCAUGAAGACGUCCAAGACUCAGAAGAAGGUGGAGAAGGCGGGGCUGACGAUGCGGUCGCUGGAGGCUGCGCUGAACCGGGCCCGCUUGGCACAGCCACCGCACAAGCCUCUUUACCACAACUGA